CAGAGAGUGAUCAUCUACUGGAUUUACUGACAAUGUCGCUUUCCUCUAUUAUCAGUUCUUUGCGCGCUCAUACGCGUUCCCAACGCAACAACUCCUUCCAAGCCAACACAGAAACGCUGAGAUGGCGACUUGCGGAAGUGUUCAUAAGGACUUGGGAUCUAGGCUUCACAUCGUUUGGCGGGCCACCCGUACAUUUCCAAAUCCUCCACCGCAGGUUUGUGCAAGGGGUCGGAUUCGGUGGCGUAAGUAAAUGGAUUGACGAACAGACUUAUCAAGAACUUUUUGGCAUAUGCCAAGCACUUCCUGGACCAGGUUCUACAAAGAUGCUAUUCUGCAUUGCAAUGAUACGUGCAGGCAUCAUUGGAGCCAUCUUCACAUUUUUCCUUUGGAGCCUACCUGGCGCAAUUGGAAUGUAUGGUCUGUCACUGGGCGUUCAACGGAUGCCUGACCGGUUGCCGCCUGCUGUGUACGCCCUGCUAAGCGGACUGAAUGCGAGUACUGUGGGGAUAGUCGCAUUGGCUGCUGUUCAACUGGCGGAGAAAGCCAUCAAAGAUCGUCUCACAAGGAUACUGGUUAUCAUGGGCGCUUGCGCAGGCCUGUGCUACAACGCACUCUGGUACUUUCCCAUGUUGAUAUUGCUUGGCGGAGUAGCUACUGUUAUAUGGGAUGUGUGGCUGCUGCAGAUGGCCGGCAAGAUGCGAGCGAAAUGGGAAACUAACAGAAGGCGCACGACAAACGAAGGAGGAGAUGCUGAAAGAGUCAAUACAUCUCAGAGCAUCCCGCUCAAGGAACACGCGCAUGCUACUCCAGCAACGCUCAAUCAGCGAAAGCCGCAGGCUGAGGGCUCGGAAGGGCACACUUCGGAUGAACGGGACCCUACUGGACAGGAUUCUUUUGCAAACAGUUCGUCGCGUGGAGGCGCGGAAAGCGCAGAAGCAGCUCCUGUUGCAGAUACGAAGACGCACAACAUCUCCAUCAAGCUGGGCGUCUCGCUCAUCGUAGGCUUCCUGAUCUCGUUCGUAAUCAUCAUGAUUCUCCGGGGAGUGCUAUCCAAUAGACCUCGCCCUUUUGAUCUCUUUUCGAACAUGUACCUUGCUGGCACUAUUAUCUUCGGCGGUGGACCGGUUGUUAUCCCCCUUCUUCGUUCGUACGUCGUCGACCCGGGCUGGGUUUCGCCUCGCGACUUCCUCCUCGGUCUUGCUAUAAUUCAAGCUUUCCCUGGGCCAAACUUCAACUUCGCAGUCUACCUAGGCGCGCUGGCACUCGCAGGUACAGGUCACCCUACAGUCUUUGGUGCAUUGCUAGGUUACCUAGGCAUCUUCUUCCCAGGCAUUAUCCUCGCAGUUGGGGUGCAGUCUAUCUGGCAAGCUCUGCGGGCAAAGGCAUGGAUCGUUAGUCUGCUCAGGGGUAUUAAUGCCACAGCCGUUGGACUCGUCUUCACGGCUGUGUAUCGGCUUUGGGAGAUUGGCUACCUAACGCCGGAGAGCAGCAACGGCAACAGUCUUGGCCAAGAACCCUGGUGGGUUGUAGUAGCUACGGUCACCUAUGCGGAGACUGCCUGGUUCAAGGUCCCACCAGCGAUGGCGAUCGUGUUCGGCGCUGUUCUAGGUCUGGCAUGGUAUGGAGCUGUUGGUCAGUGAGAUUGUAUCGCUUCGGAGUAUUGCACGGUAAGCAGAACCUAUUUCGUUGUCCUUUGCUUUUCGGCACCGCUUUGGCCUUUGGUGUAGGCGUAUUCAUCUCCAAUGGGUCGGUCUUUCGCUUUCGACCUCGUCUCUUUUUGCCAAUGGGGACUUCGGCUGCUC